AAUUUUCAGAAAUUAGGGUCAAUUUGUGGGUAAAAGAAAAAGAAAGUGAAGCUCUGAGGUUUAGGAAAAAACCCUAACAAUGAUAGUUUCACAAAUUUUCUGCAAUUGAGGAAGAUGAAUACCGAAUUUUCAAUGGCGUUUCCUCCUUACGGUCAGUCUCAUUUCCGUAGCAAAACUUAUUCCACCCUUGUCCGCAUUCUCUCCCACCUCUCUCCUUCCACCGUUCCAACGCAAUCAUCGCUUCCUACAAUUCAAGAGGGUGAAUUUGAGAAAGAAGAAUUGUAUGGUCAUCAGGUUGAUGAAGUAGCUCAUAGUUGUUUAGAUAAUGAUAAGAUUAUCGAAGCAUUGAAUGUGACAGAAGAUGGUGGAUUAUUGGAUUCAACAACUAUGGAAGAUAAAGAGAAAGCAGAGAAAUUAAUCUGUGUGACAGAUGCUACAAAUUCUUCCAAUCUUCUGAUCGAAGAAGGAGAUCUAGAAGAGGGAGAAAUUUCUGGAGAUUUUGCAAUGGAUGGAAACACAGUUGACGUGUCUUCUGUGGAUGCUACAAUUUCAGAACAGAUGAAAGUGGAUGAGAUUCAGAAACUCGGGAAUUCAUUUGGAAACCAGGCAUCCCCCUUCAAUAUGGGUAACAAUGGACUAGUAGAACUUUGGACUAUCAAUGACAUAUCAACAUAUUUAACCCCAAAGCAAGUCUUGGUACAGCAGAUGGUUGAUGCCAACAGAAAUGAACAAAGUGAUCCUUGCCCUAUGAAGAAAACCAUAAAGGAGGUAAUUGAUCCCAGUAGAAAGAGAAAACGUAUUCCUGAUUUAGAGAAGGAGGAUAAAAAGAAGGAGAUGGUUGAUGCCAGUAAAAGUAAACGUGGUCCUCGUUCUCAAGAGAAGAAAAUUAAAAAGAGGGAGAAGUAUCGAAAGAAAAGAGCAGAAAAGAACAGAGAACUAGGUGUUAAAAGGUUGAAGUUGAUUCCAGUACAGAAACCAAAAACAAUCUCAUAUUGUCGCCAUUAUAUGAAAGGAAGGUGCAAUGAGGGUGACAAGUGCAAAUUCUCUCAUGAUACUGUUCCUGAAACAAAGUCCAAGGCAUGUGUUCACUUUGCUCGUCACUCUUGUAUGAAAGGGGAUGAUUGCCCAUUUGAUCACCAACUCUCCAAGUAUCCUUGUUCUAAUAUAAUUUCUAAUGGCUCUUGUUCUAGAGGUCAUGCUUGUUUGUUUUCACACCAGGUACCAAUCAACCAACGUAUACCUGCGCCUACAAAUGCUUACAAACCAGAGUUGAAAUCUCCUCUUCCGUCAGGAAAUACAAAUUUCAGUACGCCACUGAAUAAUCAUGACACUAGUUAUGUCCAACAAAACCACUUCACCAAUUCUAAGGGAACAGAAACUUCACAGACAAAACCUACCUCAACACCCAAAGGAAUUAGAUUCAUAAAUGUUGCUAACUUAUCAUCUAGUACGCCAAAACAAGACUUAAUAACACCAAACAAGGGAAGUCUUGUCCACAAUGGGAAGUGUGCAGAUAAAGGUCAAAAUACUACAGAAAUUCCUAAGAAAUUUUCGGCUGUCACGCCCAAGGGAAUUAACUUUCUUUCUUUCGGCAAAGGUUCUGUUUGCAGGUUUAAAAGUAUUAUUCAAUCCACUGCACAAAAUUUACCUCAAACUGCGCUAUUCUCACAUAAUGAAAUUUCAGACAAAAAGCAAUCCAUGGUAGAACGAAUGAAAUCAAAGUUUCUAGAGAAAGAUUCAACUGAUGAUUCUAUGAGGGAUCACAGCCAUUGUAAAUCGGUUCAAGAAGUAAAAAAGGUAUCUGACAAUUCUCAGACUUCCAAUGUGACCUCAGCCACACUUCUUGCCCGUCCGUUUGUUUCACAUCAGUCUUCUGGAAGCCUAGUAUCUGAAUAUCAUAAACAAGCAUCAAACUUAGGCCAAAGGGCACUCUUAUCAACUUUAGCUUUUGCAGCAGAGCAUGAAUCAGAUAUUAAAAUGAAAUGCCCCACUGUUGAUUCACCUGUAUGAUCAGGAAAAUAAGUAAAACAAUUACAGCUCAGAGUUUGAGAAGGAUAUCAUUGGUAAAAUUGGUUUUAAUCCAUGAGGCUCUUGGUGAUUUGAGUCAAGUCAUUUCCCAGCUUAUUGGAUGAUAGAUCAGAACAGGGAUUGUUUAAUUUGCAAUGUUUCUAUUUCUUUUGCAGUAUGAUUGCAGGUAAUGCAUUCAUGCGGCUUAAGACAACAAACUUGCAAAAGUUUACAUACUACUAAAAGUGGAUUUAUCCAUCUACAUGCCACUCCCACCAGCCAUAUCUGCAACAUUCUUGCUUCUGGAUGUGACUUGAAUUUUGAAGUGGUUAAUUGAUUUUAAAUUUUGUUUCUAUCAUUGACAUACAUAUCAAACUUGGUCAUGUGUUGCCUGUACAGGUAACUUUGAGCAAAUUGGUUGUCUUAUAAGAUUUUGCAUGAAAAGCUGCAUAAACCAGUUGUUGAUUUUUGUUUCUUAUAAUUCUGCAGGUGUAUAUUUUGUAUUUAACAGUGCUAGAAACUUAUGAUUUCAGAAUAUUUUCUGGAAGAAAUUCUGAUAAAAACAUUGGAGCAAUAUAUGGCUGAAUGAUCUGUUUUUUACUGCUUCACCUUAAUGUAAAUUCUGAUAUAUUGCAGUAUUUGAGUCUGUUCCAAUUAUGAAUAUUUCUGGUUUACAAUA